AUGGUAUCAGCAAGUCGGAAGAGCAGCCCGCCACUGGAGGCUGAGAUCAGCUACCUGUUGGAGGUUGGAGCAAUUGGACUGAACUGUGGCGGGUCCUCUCGCUGCCACCAAACGUGGGUUCUCGCCAAACACCAGGCAGAUCUGCAGCUUGAGUAUCAGCGGCUGAAGCGUCGCCACCUCCGCGAGCAAAAAGAGCUACAGGACUGCAUCCAGGCCACCAAGAACUCGGUCCCUAAGAACGACAAGAAGAAAAGAAAGCAGUUGCUCCUUGACGGCCGCCUUGAGGCCGAAAUGGAGCAGAAACAACAGAGGGAGCUGGGGAGGUUCACAGAGCUUCCCCCUGCCAGCAGCAACCUCGAUUCCCUCACUGAGGGUCUGGCCAAGAUGGCUCCUGAGAACCGGCCUCCUUGCCUCUCGAGGGCCCAGAGAAGGAGAAGGCGCGAAAGCAGGGCGGCGGCGCUGCAGAGAGAGCGCCAGAAGAUGGCGGCGGCCGGCCGAGUGGGAUACCUGGCCAGCUGUCGCUGCGACGAUAAGGAGAAGCUGGCGGUCACCCUCGAGGCCAAGAACCUGGAGAUGGAGAUCCCGGCCGACAGCCACUGCAUGUGUCGCGCCGUCCAAGACCAGCUGUCGUUCUCCGUGACCGUGGAGAGCCUGCGGGGCCGCGCCGCCAACUACAUGCGGAAGCACGUCGAUGAAUUCCUGCCCUUCUACAGCGACCCCGAAACCCGCGAGAUCUACACCCGCGAGGGCUUCUUCAACUACUGCGACAACAUCGUACACAACGCAUCGUGGGGAGGCCAACUCGAGCUGAGGGCCCAGUCGCACAUCCUGCAGGGCCCCAUCGAGGUGAUCCAGAUGGAGUCCCCCGUCCUCCUCAUCAGGGAGGAGGACACCAAGAAGCCGCUCACCCUCGUCUACAGGCGCUACACCUCCAGCUUUGGCGGGGAGCACUAUGACUCGGUGAAGCCUGCCGAAGCCGAAGCCGAAGCCGAAGCCGAAGCCGAAGCCGAAGCCGAAGCCGAAGCCGAAGCCGAAGCCGAAGCCGAAGCCGAAGCCGAAGCCGAAGCCGAAGCCGAAGCCGAAGCCGAAGAAGCCGAAGCCGAAGCCGAAGAAGCCGAAGAAGCCGAAGCCGAAGCCGAAGAAGCCGAAGCCGAAGCCGAAGCCGAAGCUAAAGCUGAAGAAGCCAAAGCCAACGAAGCCGAAGCGGAAGCCGUGGGGGGGCUUUGCCCCGUGGUUCUCCUAAGCUGUGGCUGCCCCGCUGCUGUUGCUGUUCCCGCCUGUGCCGGAGCCGCCGCCUGGUCCCCUCAAUAG